AUGUCGUCUUCGGUAGAAUCGUUAUUACUAACAGACGAUGUCGAAGAAUUUGAACCAGCAUCACCGAUAAAAUUGCUCCGAACUCGCAGAUAUGUUUUUCUACUUGUAACUAUUCAAUGGAUCGUGUGUAUUGUUACUCUUGCUCUGCAUAUUCAUCAUGUAAUAACCAAAGAUAAAGAUGAUACUGCACACAAAAUCCAAGCAUUAAUACCGACAUGCUUUCUAAUACUUUAUUAUACAUUUGGACUCGUUUCUAUCUAUAGAUUUCACCGAGUUGGAAUUCUACUCUUUGCAUCGAUUGGAAUAAUUCUAUUUAUGGCAGCAUGUCUCUUUUUUAGCUGGAUCAUAUUUCUGCUUGUAUCGCUUGUUUUAGAUCACAACAUAAUGAGUAAGAUGUUCGGAUUCUUUGUAUUAUUCGGAUUGUUAUUUGGAACUUUUGUUACUAUUGUGAUUGCCACUCUUGAAUUGGCUUUCAAUUUGACAAAAUUGAUUCAAAUGCAUGGAUAUACAACUUUUUAA